AUGGGUCAGACAUCAAAAGCAAGUACACAACAAGGCCCAUGGUCUAGUCUAUGGAGUUUAAACAUUCCAAAUGCCACCAAAGUUUUCCUGUGGAGGGCUUGUCUAAAUGCACUUCCUACUCGCGCUAAUCUAAAGGUAAGGAAAGUGGUGGAAGACACAGCUUGCCCUAUAUGUUCCCAACCAUCUGAGACCAUUGAACAUGUACUGUGGGAAUGUCCCUCAGCAAGGGAUGUAUGGUCUAUGAGCAGUAGGAAGUUUCAAAAGGCCAGUAUAGGUUCCUUUUCUUUGGUAGAGAAACUUGAGGGCUUAGUGGAAUCAAAGGAGACAAAAGAACUUCAAACUUUUGCUAAGCUGUCAGUGAGCAAGAGGGCAGGGGUGCUGAAGCAACAAAUCAACCAGGCGUGGGAGGCUCCCUCUCAAGGCAAAAUUAAGGUAAACUGGGAUGCUUCAGUAGACAAAGUUGCAUGCAAAGUGGGAGUAGGGGUUAUACUACGUGACUGGAACAGCAGUGUACUAGCAACGCUGCGUAUGGAGCAGGAUUUGUUCCCUGAUCCCCACAUGGCAGAAGCCUUUGCAGUCCAACAGGCUAUUUUGUUCUGUAAAUCUCUUGGCCAUUGGGAUGUUGUUCUGGAGGGGGACUCCUUGCUGGUGGUGGAAGGCCUAAAAGCUAAGUCAAAUACUCUCAAUUAUGUAGGCCAGAUUGUAGCAGACACCAAAGAAAUUCUCAACACGUUCAGAUCGUGGUCAGUAAGGCAUGUUGUAAGGGCAACCAAUGUAGUUGCUCAUGCCUUAAGUAGGGAUGCUUUUAGAAUCAGUGGUCAGACCACUACUUUUGUACACAUCCCACCUUGUAUUCAAACUAUGGUGACAUAG